CCAUGUCGUCAUCGCCUGACCAACCGUCACUGACAUCCGAAGAUACUUCUAUGGGAAAUACCAACGUUGCUGCCGCUACUAGCAACGAAAAUACCCCAGCCGAGGAUGGGACCUGGGUCGUGCACGUGCGAAGAAUGAACGGUUCCACACUCACCUAUAACGUGAACCCACACACCGAGACCGUGGCGGAUCUCAUGGAUCGGAUACAUCGGGAGGCAGAGAUCGAUCCCAUGCUGCAACGCCUCAUUUUUAGAGGUCAAGUCAUCUCCCACGAGCCUCACAAACACUUGGAUGAGUUCCUCACAGAGAGCGGCCAGACGAUCCACAUGGUGGUAAGGCCAGUAUCAACUCUGAGAAAUGCUACUGCUAAUUCAUCUACCACACCAAUGACAGCACCUGAAUCUGCCACUGGAGGAGGGGGAGGAGGCAACAAUGAUGUUCCUCCGCAAAUAGGGAACAUAUUCAGCGCUAUGCUGCCUCCUGGCCUCCUUUCCGGCAGUGGUCAGUUUGUGAUCCCUGGGGGAGUAGGUGGCAACGAUGGUGCGCCCGGUUCCACCCAGGUUUUCAUGCACUCUUUUCACUUAGACCCAGCCACUGGGCAGAUCGUUGGUGACGAUCACCAACAGCAAGGCGGAGCGAUACCACUUCCCUUUGGGGGCAUCUUCGGCAGAUCCCCCAUGCCCUCUGGGGCUACUAAUGCCAAUCCACAGCCACCAUCGGGCGACUCAUCUACCUCGGCUCCGAGAAGGUCGACUCCAACUCCAACGACCCCUGGUCCUUCCGACCAAGAGGCCUCAAACACUAGUACCGCUCAAGCGCCGGAGCCUACAACAACUACCAGUGGUGGCGGCAAUGGAGUACAACAGAUGAUAAGUGGCCUCUCCCAGCUCUUCGGGAAUCUGGCAUCUGCUGGUCAGCAGCCUGCUGCUGCUGGAGGAGGAGGAGGCUCCGUCACAGCUACCUUCUCCACCCCUGCCGAUGGGAGACCAUCUACUCCCCCUUCUCGCCCACGUUCGCAGUCAGCACGGCUACCGAGAGGAGGCGAGAGCAGCGCAAGUAGGAGUCAGGAUGGACGUACGAGAGGCAGAGUAUUCACAAGGCGUGCUACGCGUCCAUCUGCAACGACACAACAGCGGUCGACAGGCAGUGGCGAGGCUGUGAUGACAGAUUCUAAUCGUAUUCCUGUUAACUCCCAACAGGCUCCGGUCAGCCGAGCUCAUGGUGCGCGGGAAGAAGACUUGCAACGGAGGGCUGAGCAGACCCCUGGCCUGCCGUGGAGAACUCUCAUCGAUUCUGACGCUCGUGUGGAUCACCUCAUGAGUCAUUUAGCGCAACUGCCCGGCCCUCGGCAUUAUCGUGGCAGUGACGACUUGCCUACUUUUUUGCGUAACUAUCAGAGGUUGUUACUCUCGGCAGCCCAGAUGGUUGGUGAUGUCAGCCUGAUGCUGCAGAGUGAUGCAUCUAGAGGCUCGGACUCGCCCCCGAAUCCGCAGAGACAGGAUGAUUUGGCCUAUUUGGCACGAAUGCUGGCGGAACUCACCGACACCAGCGAGAUGAUGGUCUCGGUUGUGAACAGGACGUGGUGUGACAUGUUCGACCCAGAGGGCCAAGGCCAGGUACGGACUAGAGAGCAAGAGGAUGCCACUCAGACGGAGGGCCGGACUAGUGAGGCUACUGAGCCAUCAGCACCUUCGUUGACGCCUUAUAGACCCACGGGGGCUGCUGAGGUGGACUUGACUUCUGAGCAGGGUCGGCCUAGUGAACGGCGUGAAGAAGAUCGACAGCGUGGCGUAGAGCAUGUGGAGGAAGCUCAUCGGUCAGCACGACUAACGGAUGAGAGUGUUGGUCAAGAAGGGGCGUCAGAGGGGUCCACUGAACAAGCGCGUCAACAGCACGGUGAUGGGCAAUCUUCUGUGAUAAGAUUCAUGCCCGCCGACCAGGACGGGCCUUCGGUUGCUCAUAGAGUAGAGGAGAUUGACGCCGGAGAGGUGGUUUUAGAGGAGCCCCGGAAAGUGCCUACGGGGUGCGUCAUACCGCUCCCUGACAAAGUACAGCAGCCGAUCAGAGGCUGCGAUGAGGUGGUUGCUGCAGCGGGGGAUGAUGGUGUCUCUGGGGAAGAUGCUAAUACAUCUAAAACGCUCACUACUGCGGAGCCUCUAUGCAGCUCGGAACAUUCUUCAUCGCCAUCACAUCAACACGCGGCAAGCCAACGGUUGUCGGGAGACCCUCGAGGGACGGAUGGAGAGGAGCAGGCGGGUCAACCCCCAGGGGGCAUCAAUCUAGAGGAUGUGAACGCUUUGUUGGGGUCGGCAGCGGAAAGGCUAUCCGGUGAUCACCAGCAGCUCUUGGAUCUAAGUUCGGAACUGUCGUCGAGAUUCCCUGAGCUGCGGGCUCUUCUGGAGGCCGCGACCUCGCCGUCUAGAAACGAUAGUAGCCAUCAGCACGACUCAUCCCAGAAUCACGAGCCUCAUUAGGAUAGUAUUUUUCAUCACCUUAUGCUGAAGUAGUGAU